GUCAGCUUGCAGCUUCCCUCUCCGCCCUCCCCCUUUGCCAUUGCUGCAUCGUCCUCCCCGCCUCCUUGCCAGGGAGGGAAGCAGCAGCAGCAGCAGCGUCGGCGAGCGAGCGAGCGUGCGCGUUGGGGGCGCGCGCGGCGGCUUAUUCCCCUCGCUGUGUGCAACAGCCUCCGGUGGGUGCUGCCGCCUCUCGCCCCCACCUCCCUCCGCCCUAGAACCGGAGCCGCCGCCGCCGCCACCUCCCUCCUCCGCGCUUAUUUCCCUUCCCUUCCCAGGCUCCUCUAAGCAAGGAGCUCUUACCCAACCAGCCGCGGGUGCGUCCCUGGCGUGUGUGCAUUCUUCUCCUUCCCUCCGCCUCCGAAUCGCAACCUUAUAUAAAUAUAUAUAUAUAUAUCUCAUAUAAUAUAUAUAUAUAUAUAUAUUGCUGUUCCCUCUCCAACCCUGCUUGGUGCCUCCACCGCCGAGGAGGAGGAGCGGCAGCAGCAGCAGCGGCAACAACAUGGCGAAAACCGAGCAGGUCCUGAGUCUGGAACCGCAGCACGAGCUGAAAUUCAAAGGCCCAUUCACAGACGUCGUCACCACGAACCUGAAACUUGGCAACCCUACAGACAGAAACGUGUGCUUCAAGGUGAAGACCACAGCACCACGCAGAUACUGCGUAAGACCCAACAGUGGGAUUAUAGAUGCAGGAACGUCAAUUAAUGUGUCUGUGAUGCUACAGCCUUUUGAUUAUGACCCUAAUGAAAAAAGUAAACACAAGUUCAUGGUUCAGUCGAUGUUCGCACCCCCCGAUACUUCAGACAUGGAAGCAGUAUGGAAAGAAGCAAAGCCAGAGGAACUCAUGGAUUCAAAACUUAGAUGUGUGUUUGAGCUGCCGGCCGAAAACGAUAAACCCCAUGAUGUAGAAAUAAAUAAAAUUAUAUCCACAGCUGCAACAAAGACAGAAUCUUCUGUAAUGUCUAAAUCAUUAAGUUCUUCUUUGGAUGACAGCGAAGUUAAGAAAGUAAUGGAAGAAUGUAAGAGGCUUCAGUUAGAAGUUCAGAGGUUACGAGAGGAGAAUAAACAAUUUAAGGAAGAAGAUGGACUGCGGAUGAGGAAGGCGCCCCAGACAAACCACCCGGGCUUUGCUUCAGCAGCACCUGUUGUGAAGGAAGAGGGGCUCAGCACUAGACUACUUGCCCUGGUGGUACUGUUCUUCAUCAUUGGCGUCAUUAUAGGGAAAAUCGCCUUGUAGAGGCAGCAUGCUGAGGAUUGUAAAUUGGAUUGAUGGAUCUGCCAUAUCAUUGGUAUUAAAUUUAUUCAUAACAAAUGUUUAAAAAAAGAAAAUGUAUGACAUCUCACAGGUCUUGCCUUUUAAAUUUUUACCCCUGCACAAAUAUAACAUUAACAUAACAUAAUCUUCUAGAAAGCAUAAAACGUACAAGGAGUUGAGCAGGAGAAGAGAGGCGAGUUACAUCUUGAUUGCGAGCAGUGAGGACAAAAUCAUGUAUUUUAACACUAUAAAGGUGCAUUUUGUGUGUGUGUGUGGGUUUUUCUGUUUGUUUUUUUUUAAAGUUAAACUUCAAAGAGUUCUUGGACCUUCAUCCCAAUUACUGGACUUCUCUUCUUUGGAGGGGGGAAAAAGAAAAAGUUCCUCCGUUGAAAAAGAGUAGAUCCUUCUGGUUAUUUAGAGGUUGGCUUUCAGGCAGGUGAGGUUGAUGGCGUUACUGUAAAAUAGGCUAACCCACCAUUCCUCCUCCUCUUAAAUUUUAACAGUUCUGUCAAGUGGGUGUGACUUGGGUCUCAGCAGUGUAACUCCCCAAGCAGCUGUUUAUUCACCCUGAACGCUCUUUAAGUGUGACCCUGCCUCUCUAUGUCCUGCGUCAUUCGCAGGAGCUGUGAACCACUAACUGGGCAGCUUGGAAGAUGAGGAGGAGAGAGGACUUGGAGCAGGUUCAUGAUCCAGAAGGGUGCCAGCAGCACCGGGUUUCUGAAAUUUGGCCCUGGCCAGUCUUAUGUAUAGAAACGGGGCGACCAAAAGUUUUUGGAGGCCGUAGCAGGAGGAGUGGAAGACGAGAGGGUCACCCACAUGCUUUUUUGCUCAUGUCAGUCUAGCAGUGAGGAAACCUAAUUGCCAGUGGUGGUUUGGAAACACAAGGAGCCUACUUUCCAGCUGUGGUCAACUCAACGUGUUGCACCAGAUGUGCUCCGAUUUGAACUGCGGGCGUGAUUUUCUUAGCCAGGCUUUGUAGGAAAGAGGAGCGUUGCAAUGAGCCAUCGCAUUUUGUAUCUGAACCCUCCCGUCUUGCUAAAAUAGUUUCUUCCUGUCCCUCUGUGUUUCCAGUCAAGAUGGCAUCAUGUUUAAUGGGGACCAUGCACCUCUUGCCUCGUCCAUCGCGUCCUUUUUGCAUCCUCCGCUUGUCGCAUCCAUCAGCAAACCUUUCCUCCUCUGCUUGCACCCUCGGCAGACUCUCACAAGCUUAGCCACAUUAUGCAUUGUACAUGGGGGGGGGUGUCUUUCCGCUUACAUGACCUUAUUUCAGCCUUUUGCCAUUUACCUUCUCGUGAAGCUUUUGGAGAUCAGGUUUCUGUCCUGAACUAGAAGAAAGGCUGUCAGGGAUUAGGUCUUCUGGACCUGAGAAGGAAUGGGACUUGCUGUUCUGUGCCCAUCAGUAGCACAGCUUAGUUCAGUCUCUGGGGCAUUCUCCGUUUCUCAACAGCUCAGUUCGAGAGAGAAAUAACAUGCUCCUCCUUUGCCCAUCAGCUGUUUAGUGCUGACUUUCUUGAAUGGUGCUGCACUCAAGGAAUAAGAGUCUCUUGGACCUAUAACUGGCUGAAAAGGGGACAUGUGCAUGGAAGAACUUGGGGGCAAAGGUCAUGAAUCUUAAGCAACCUGGUUGUCUCGUUUGUGGGACGGUAGGUCUAGACCAGCCUUCCUUUCGACUACUCUCCAGCUGUUGCUAGAUUCCAGAUCUCCUCAUCCCUGACCAAUGGCCAUGCUGGUUGAGGUUGAUGGGGAGUUUGGGGGAACAGCAACACCCGCAGGGCACCAGGUUGGGUACGUUUGGUUUAGCACCACUGGUAUUAACAUACCAGUCAAUGGAAAGCUGAAAGGAACUGAAUGCAGCCCCAUUGAACAGUGUGGAAAAUGCCACUAGACAGUCACCUGUGUGGCAGGUUGCGUGGGGCGAGGAGGGCCAAUGCCUCGUUCUAAAAGGGGACCAAGCUACUGUUUGCUGUUGGUUCACGUAGCUGAGUUAAAGUCCUUUAUAUCCAAAUGUUUAAUGCAUAUUUAACUUAUUUAAUACACAGUCAACUCUCAACUUACGUUCCAGGGAUAGCUCAUGAAGCCAAAAUCUCAUAUACUCAAAACACAUAGUCCCUGCACCUCCAAAUGCUCUCCCAAGCUCACUGCAGUGGCAGGUGGGAUUGCUGGUGCCCCCCUCUCUUUAAUUUUCUUGUUUUUAAGUUUAAAUGCACAUUAAGUUGCAAGCUGACUGUAUUUCAUCUCAUGUUUCCUUUACCGUCACAGAAGUUUGACUACUGUUAUAAAUGGUUAAAAAAAAGAGAGAAGAAAAGGCACCUGUUCAAAGUUGGUGAAUAGAACUAAAUUUUCCUUUUGUUGCUGUAGUAACGAUGGACUCUUCCUCCUCCUGAUGCUUUGGGCACGACAUAAUUCUCACUUUCGACCAUCUAAACAUUGGGGGAAACAGCGGCCAGGAAAACUGUUUUUGUAUAUAAAAAUAAGUCUAUGUAGGGGAAAAAAAUUAGUAGGAAUUAGUUCUAUGCUGUUAAAAACAAAAAGACCAAUCCUGUUUGACUAUGUAGCAUCUUUAAAAAAAAAAAUCAAAUAAAUCUACCCCCAAACGAAUG